AUGACCAACGCCGGCGCUGUCGUCGUGCCCCACAACGUGUUCGCGAAGCUGCCGUCGUACAAUCCCUAUGUCGGCACGUUCCAUCACGCGCCAAGUGCUGGAAACCGGGGAGCUGUCUACUUUUCCAGCGACAUUGUCGACAUGGCGGAGCUCGAAGAGCGCAAAAAGUUCCGCCACCAUCCGCUCACGGGCAUUUUCCACUCCCUUCCAGGGUACUACGACCCGCUGCAUAAACUGGCUGCCUGUCGGCGGGUCAUGACUGCUGAGGGCAUUUACUCGGACACGGAGUCGCUGCGGUCGUUCGUGGCCAUGGAUAUUACGGACAGCGACGACUUUGCGUCGCUCCAGCAGCCUGCGCACAUGAAUCGCAUGUACAGCGACUCGCGGUGCAUUCCUGACGCUGAACUGAUGACACGUCCGCGCCGCUUUAGCGACGGAGAUGCGGAUCCGUUCUUCAAUGGGAACAAGUCGAACUCACCGAAUAGUACGCAGGAUGCUGGAAGUCGGUAUGGUAACGAGUUUGACGACAGUGACGGGAGCGAGGGGGAAUUUGCAGCACUGGAGCAGAAGAAAGUGCCUCGGUCGCUACCUCUGAAUAUCUUGUCGAUCACGGACAAGUAUGAUGUGCCGCCGCCUGUCGGUGGCUUACCUCCUCGUCGCCUGCCAUACAAGAAAAUCAGGAAGCCGUCUGGCCUGUCGAGUGCUACUUCGGAAAGUGAGGGAAUGCCGUCGAUUCGGUCGCUCUUUGCGCCUAGCUAUGGUCACACAGAGCUUGGCAAGUCAGGAGGAUACUCAGAGACGACAGACGGUUUCAUCUCGACGGGUAAGGGCAUAUUCAGGAAAGUUGGCUUACGUUCAUCACAACAAGAGCGCAUGGGCGGUAAGGACAAGGGUAAGAAGGCCAAGGCGCCUGUCGGGAUGAAACUUCAGCGCAUUGUCAGUGAGGACAGCGAUGACGACGAUGUAAAGGACGAGUACACCCAGGCUGCGCCUCGAAUUCCCGCGAACCCGUUCGUAGCCAGGCGUUUGAAUGAUGGCGACGAGCUCCGUAUCAUGGCGAUCCACCGCACAGGAGUACGCGACUCGACAGCUCACGUUCUCAACAAUGACGACCAUGACAGCGACAGCGAGGAUGAGUUUAACCAACCGAAGCCGUAUUUCAUCCACGAGAAGGCUGUCACGGAGCAGUACGAAUUGGUCGGUGAAGAUCAGCUGGGUGACGGGUCGUACGCUGUGGUGAAACCUGCUAUUCGUCGCGUCAAUGGAAAGAAAGUUGCAAUCAAGCAGAUACAUAAGCGCUUUUUGCGCGAUGAGGCGGCGAAGAACGCAGUGAGUCGAGAAAUCGAGAUUCAUUUGCGUUUGCGCCACAAGCACAUUGUUCGGCUGUACGAAGUCUACGAGACGCCUGACUUUCUAUACCUGGUCAUGGCAAAAGCAACAAAGGGCAACCUCAAGUCUUUGAUGCAGAGAAAGCGUAUGCUUCCUGAGGCGCUUGCUGGCAAGCUUUCACAGCAAAUCGCACGUGCUGUUGUAUUCUUGCAUGAUAUGGGUGUGCUGCACUGCGACUUGAAGCCCGACAACAUCUUGCUGAGCGAUGCUAAGACAGCAAAUCAAGACAAUGGUGAAAAUUCACCUGUCAUGCGUCGCGCAAGUCAUGUAAAAUCAGCUCAAGACCCUCACGCCGAUGUCAAGGUGAAUGACUACAAUGUCGAGUUGUGUGAUUUCGGACUGUCGGUGAAGGUGCCGGACGUCCGCUUUUUCAAGCUUACCGGUGACGUCCACAAGGUUCCGUUUACCAAAGUGACGGGCACUUCAGGCUACAUUGCUCCCGAGUUGCUGCAGCAGCAGCCGUACGGCAAGCCGGUGGAUAUGUGGUCGGUAGGGAUCAUUAUUUUUGAGAUGUUGACUGGAUACCAGCCAUUUUACCCACCUCAUGUGUGCAUCGAAGAAGACGCUGAUUUCUCGGAUCGUGUGUGGAAGACUAUAAGCGCGGAUGCUAAGGACUUGGUUCAGCGCCUAUUGGAGCGUGACCCGACAAAGCGACUCACUGCUGCGGAGGCACUCGCGCACACUUGGUUCGAGUCAGCUAUGUUUGCGAUUUAG